GCUGCCUCGACGACGUGCGACUGGCGGGCCGCCCCGUGACGCUGGCCGGCGGCGAGGGCGGCGCCCGCAGGAGCCAAGGGGGCCAGGAGGAGCGAGGCUGCCCCGCCCCCGACCUGUGCACCAACACCUCGUGCCUGCCUCCGCUCGCCUGCCACAGCUCCUGGGCUCACGCGUCCUGCAGGUCGGUUGGCUUCGCGAACGGAAUUUAG